GCAUCAUCGCUGCAAACACAUCACUGCCAUGUUUGUACUCUGGUCGCGGUUCGAAAUCAUUGCCGCAUUGACGCUGUUCGUUUGCUAGUUUUAUGUUUUGUGCCAUCAUAAUGGUCAAAUACUGACGAUUAGAUGCACUCUGCAGUUUUGUAGUCAGACUCUAAGCGGGACGGGCCUUGCAACAUGUCGGCCAACGCUCAGGAUUAUGACUUUGAUGAAUAUGACAAACCCGGUGCUGAGCGGUCACGCAGGAGGAGAGGUCAACAUGAUGAUCUAGAGAGUGAUUUGGAAGACGAAUUGUUGGAGGAGGAUUGGCUGUCAGGUAAAAAGAAUCCCUCCGAAGUAUCAGAUGAAGAGCUGAAUGAUGACCUUCUUCAAAGUGAUGAUGAAGAAAUGAACGCGAGCGCUCAGUAUGUCAGCCUCAAUGCCACAUACGACCUGGGCACAUCCGAUGACCAGCAGGACAACUCGCAGGAAGCAGACUACACAGAUGAUGUUGUGAACCUGGGUGCAGAGGGCUGUGAAGAAGGGGAUGUAGAGGAGGAGCAUUAUCAGCAAGAGGGGGAAGAGGCAUAUACGAACGAAUACAGUCAGGAAGACAACACGGGGAUGCCUGAAGACCAAAUGGAUUACACCGGAGAGAUGGCAGACGGCGACGAUGGCUACCAGGAUGAAGUGCUAGACAUCCAAAUCAAUGAGCCCAUAGAUAGUGAAUUUCAAGAUGAUGAAUACCAAACCUCCUACGGUGCUGCGCCUCUUGAUGAAGAUGGAGUCCAACAGGAAGAGAACCCCGAGGAGAUGGGGGGUGAAGAGCAGCAGGAUGAAGAAGACGCCACUGAGGGACCUCACGCCUAUGAGACAGAAGAAGGUGAUAAUACAACUAUGCCUGAAGAUGAAGCAAAGGAGGAAUCUGAGGAGGAAGACGAGGAAGAUGAAGAGUCUGGCCGCAUACGCUUCAAAUCUGAGAGAAAGGAUGGCGCUGUUGUGCGCCUGGCAGAUGCAGGCAACAAAAGGAGGAACAUCCCUGAGACGCUUGAGCUAUCAGAGAAGGCCAAGCAAGACUUAAUGGAGUUUGAGGAACAAGAGCGGCAGAAGAGACAAAACCGGUAUGGUGGCCGAGGCAGAGGAGGCGGAGGAGGAGGGCGAGGAGGCAGAGGAAGAGGAGGUUUUCCUGGCUUCGGAAUGGGAGAUUUUAGAGGAAACAGAGGAAGAAUGAAUGACCAGAGGCUCCCCCUGAUGGGAAACAUGGGCAUGCAGCCACCCUCACGAAUGCCUCCUCCUCAUCAGCCUCAUCAGCAGCAACUGCAGUCCCAGCAACACCACCCUUUGCGUCCAAGAGGACCUCCUCCCUUCCAAGAGCAUGGGCGCCCGCUGGCCCAGCAGCCCCUUCAGCCCCUCAUCCCCCCGCACAUGGCUCAUCGCUCCCCGCCACUGCGACCCCAGAUGGAGCCACCGCCACGAAUGAUGAGCUCCCCGCCCCCCAACUUCCCUCAGCAUCACCAGCAGCAGCCUCCGCAGCCCAAAAACAUCCACAUUAACCCCCACUUUAGAGGGCCUGCAUCAUCCCCUGUACAAGUGCCCUUGAUGCCUCCUGCUCAGAGCCAGCCCAGACCUGCUGAGGGUCCUCAGAGGUUCCCUGGACCGGGAGACUUCCAGCAGCACAUGCCUGGUAAUUUUGGUCAGCCCCAGCGGCCCCCUCAUCACAUGGAGCCCUUUAGGAACCAGCCACCUCAAGGCCCCCAGGACAGAGAACCCCUCUUUAUGGGAGAACGCUCAGAUUCAACACGGUUUCCAGGGCAGCACAUGUUUGAUCACCAGGGCCCCAGCCCUCUGAUGAACAGCGGCAACAACCUCCACCAGCAGCAGCUGCCCGGCCCGGGCCACAUGGGCUUCGGCCCACCAGGACCAGCCUUUAACCAGCCUGGCCAGGGCCCACUAGGACUGUUUCCCAGAGAACCCCCCAGACCCAACCUCCCUCCCCACCAGAGUCACCAGGGGAUGGUGAACUUGAAUCAACAAGGUGGCCCCCCUAACCAGCCCAGGCCUUUCAUGGGCCCUCGUCAGCCAUUUGGCCAGCAGGGGAACCUUUUCCCCCCUCCACAAGUUCAGUUUGGGAUGCAGGUACGACUAAGAGGCUUAAUGCACGGCCCUCCUGUCUCCCAGCUUCCACAUCAUGACCAAAUGCCACCCCAUCAGCCCAUGCACCAGCAGCAGCCGCACCAUAGGCAGGACUUACCCCAUCAUCAUCAGCAGCAACAGCUCAGUCUCGGUGAGCCUCGCCCCAUGAUGCGCCAUGGCCAGAAUCCUUUUCAUCAACAGCAGGCGCAUGGUAGCCCCAGGCAGAUGACUCCCCGCCCUCAGAACCCCCAACAGCGCAACAUGUCCAACAGGCAGAGAAUGAACGCACCUGUCUCCAAGCAAAUGCAGCAGCGCAACAGUAACCUACGGGAGCUCCCUGUAGCACCUGGCAACACAAACAUGAACAGUACCCGCCCUGCCACCACCCCCGCCUUCCCCGCUGCCAACAUCAAGCCUGUUGCCAAGACAACACCGGGGAUGCGUCCUGGGCAGAACACUCAGCCGAUGUCUUACGGUGGAAGAGGAAGAGGCCAAGUUGCUGCAAAGACCGAACCACAGCCCGGGGGAGCAGGCAGGACAGUUAUUCGCAAGGAAAUCCCAAGCACACCGUCAAGCACGGCACCACAGGACCCUGAUGAGGACGAGGAGACGCGGCAGUAUCGCAUGAAGAUUGAGGAGCAGAAACGUCUGAGAGAAGAGAUCCUGAAGAGGAAAGAGAUGCGACGACAGAUGCAGGCUGGCAUGAGAAAGAAGGAGCUGCUGGAAAGACUUAAUGCCCAGACACCAAGCCAAGGCCCCACUCCUCCACAGGUUCAGCCUGCACAACCAAAUCCGCAAACACCACACCCUGUACAACAACAACAACAACAACAACAACCACUACCACCACAGCAGCCGCCGCCACAGCUGGAACAAAAACAGCAGCAACAAUUGCAGCCACAACAGCAGAGACCGUUUCCUCAGAGAACACAGCAAUCAUUAAAUCAGACACUAAGGAAUCCUAAUCAGGGCAACUCCAUCCCUGCCAGCAGCGCUGCUCAGACCCCUGCACUGCGUCCCAAUGUCAAGACGCGACUGCAGAUGGUUAAAGGCAGCACCCAGCAGCAACCGACUCCCGGGCCUGUUCCAGAUCAACAGUGGAACCAACAACAGCAAAAUCAGCAGCAGCAGCAGCCGCAGCCGCACCAGCAACGAACAAACAGUAAUCUGCAGAACGUAAACAGACCCGGUGCUCAGGUCCAGUCUAUUCAGGGUGCUCAAAAGAACAUACCUGUAACUCCUUCGGUGAACCCUGGCCAGGCUCAGACUCAAGGAGCUAAACCCGGGGCUAAAAGAACUGUGAUGCAGCGGGCCAAGAAUUCUAGUUUCGAAGACCAGCAGGUGCCGCAAAAAGUCAGAGUCGUCAAACUUUCAGGAGCGAGUGGAAAGGGGCCUGAGGCCACCAGCGGCCCAGUGCAGCAACAAGGCACCUGGCCAGCAUCUCCGCUUAACCAGGGCAUCCAAAGGAAGGUUACCAUGACAGGACAGCAGCAACAGGGACCAGGCGGCACACCGCCGGCUAGCCGAGGGGGCAUGGGCAACCCACAGCAAAAUAGGGUUGUUGUGUCGGGCCGGGGCCGAGGCAGAGGGGCCGCUCAGAUAGGCCGAGGUCGUCCAAUGUCCACCAGACAGAGCCAAAGAACUGCGGAGAGGGAAUGCUGCACCGUCUCCAUCGAGGGCCUCUCCUCAUCUACAACCGACUUGCAGCUGAAGAACCUUCUCAGGUCCAUCGGCCCCAUAGAGAUGUUCAAAAUGAUUCCCCAGCAGAGGAAAGCGCUCGCCACAUUUUCCAGUCCCCAGCACGCAGCAAGCUUCCAGAUGAGCUUCCACAGGCAUAUGAUUGAUUUGUCCCACAUUGAUGUGUCGCUGAUUGAUGGAUGAGGAGCACAAUAAACCCAGGAUGUCCUGUUACGCGAAGUCCCUUCCUCCCGACGCGGGAGCCUCGUGCACAACUCUACCUUGGUCUAAGAAUAUUCCAUCAUCUCUUUGGGGUCACUUGACAUUCAACGUCUCUGCACAGAAGCAUCGUUCAUCGUUCGUCUCCAGUCGGCUUGGAGCAGUGAACACAAAGACAUUAGCUGCGAGCAUGCCUGUGUUUGACUGCCUGCCAGAUGUCUGUAGUUGUAUAAAAAAUAAAAUGGCACUGGAGAGACACUGGACAGUUAAUCCUACUUUGAUGUAGUUUGUAAAGAAUGUUUUUUUUGCAUCUUACUCGGACACUAAGUAGAAUUUAUCAUGGGAUAAUGGUUGCUCCUCUCUUAAGCGAGAGUCACAGUAAGAAAUGCAAAAGGGCCCUCGAACGUAAUGAUUCGAACAUGACCUCUUCGUAGUGUUUUUUUUGUUUGCUUAUCAUGCAGGUAAUGGUUUUGGCAGAAUGUGGUCUGCCUGUCCGUAUGGGCUUCUCCUUCGCAGUGUUUCUCCCCCUCAGUAGAUGGCAGCAUUUUAUCACUAUUGACGCUUCAUCCUUUCCAACCCAAGCCUGCUCUCAGGUACCGUCUCUCGUCAGUUUAUUGGUCGAUGGCACUACCUAGUGGGGAUGUUGCGUACAGGCGCAGAGGUGGCCUGGGUGUGAGGAUUAAACAUUUGACAGAGAACACUGACUGAAUCCGUAACAUUUGUUUCCUAAAUUGCAAGUGGGUUUUGUGAGAUUGUAAAUGUUGCCUCUCAAAUAGGUUUUCUGGUGUUUUUCAGUUUCAGUGCUGCUUCCUGGAUAGAUAGUUCCAAUCAUCCCUCUCAUGUAGGUUCAUUUUCGGUCAUUGGGCAUUGCUCUUUGUUUCGACUGUUAUCCUUUAACUGUUAACUGGAAUUAAUUUGGGAUGUGUUGUAGCUGUACGUCUGAUUUAUAUUGCAGUUUAUUGUCUUGCCUGUGCUGAGUGUGUCUUGAGGGAGUGUGUAUGUAGAGAUUUUUUUAUUGAUUACAAUCUAAAUGUAUGUUGUUGAGGAUUUGUCAUAUUUGGGAGCUCUGAAAGAAUUGGCUGCAGGUCUACGUAGGAUCAAAACACAUUUCUGUAAAGCUCUGCACAGAUACAUUCCUUACUUUUCUCUGGAAUUGGGAAUAGCUGGCCUGAACUCAUGUGACUAUCAGCUGAUAAUUUGGUGCCUUAUCACUGAGCUGCGUAUUGUACCUUCAAUAGCACUUUCAACAGUUUUCCGUCACGUAAAUCAUUUGGCUUAGAUAAAAGAGAAGAACCGUAAAGGAAAUUCACCAUAAUACUCUAUAAAUGAAGUUCCCCUUGUUGUGAUGCAGGUACAUUGUCCUAAAUAUCCUGACAAAAGCUCAAAUUUCUUCAAAGAUGUUUGAGAAAUUGUAAGUAGCUACACUUGUAUGCUGUCUACUGCAUCACUUUGUUUUGAUUUUCUCUGAGGAUUUGCCCUCGUUUGGGGAGCGCUACCACAUCACUGAAACCUUAAAUUCUCUAAAUGCUACAUAGUUUACAUUUCUGACUUUAAAUCUUAUCUCAUGAAACAUCAUUAUUUAAUAAAUAUAGCUCAUCAGUUAGGCUUAACUUCUGCCGCUCUGUAAUUUUUCUUUCUUUCAUCAUGUAACAUUUUUGUUGAUUCUGGGUUUAAAGUUGAAACAGCUCACACGUCGUUCAACCACAUUCGCUAACAACUAAAGUUCAGACGUGAAUUAUGCGUGCGUUUGACGAAGGAUUGCGCUAUUUGAAGUCGAGGGCGGGGCAACCAUUAUCUGCGUAGUGAUCCUGUACAUAAGUAGGCCAGAAGUUUCACUCAGUAUUUAUCUUGCUGAAUUUCUUUCCGUUAUUGUUACCUCAUGUUGUAUCGUUUUUAUAUGUAAGGAUAUGCUGAUGUGUCCAGACAGAAAUCAUUUUACACGUGGUUUGUUUUUAUUUUAGAGCUAAAAUGAGGAAUGACUGGACCACAUUUCUGUUUAUAAGACAUUUGACAAGAAGUUUAAGGGAAAACAAGAAAAUAAAAACAUGGCCAAUAUACCGUGAACAUGCGGGUAUGUGAAGCCGGUUAUACUUUAGCCCAAAGAUGUGUGCUUGUGUGUGAUGUCCAUGUGUCUGGUGCCUUUUAUGAUGAAGUACCGUUAUUAUUUGUGCCACAUUUUUAAUCAUUUGUACUUUACGUACUCUGUAAGUUCCUGGGUAAUUUACACUGCAUCAUAUAUACUUUUAAAAAGCCAUUUACUACCUUUGGAUUAGACUUAUUUUUUUUAGAAUAUUUCUCAUUUUUUGUAGAUUAACUGGCUAUAACAACAAUAUGGCAAGAAAUACUACCUCAUAAAGAUUAAGGGGAAUGUCACUGAAUUUUGAAACUAAAUUUAUUUGCUUUAAAGUCAGAAACAAUAAAAAUUUUGGCCUGCUAAUUUAACCGUGAUGUCAUACUAAUGUGCAGCUUCAUGAGAUGAGAAACACAACCUUUGGGUUUUAUGUGAUUUCAGAGGGAGAUAGUUUUGGGCUUGAGGGAAAAUUUGGAGAAUAUCGUUUUCUAAUCUGCAGUAUUUUAUUAACGUUGAGGAAACCUACCCCUGGCUGUGCAUCUGGAUGACAUCACAGGUCAAGUUCCCUGAUUUCGCUGUUUAAGAAAUAGUGGUUCAGGUUCUCAAGUACUGCUGCUGUCCCAUCUGCAGGUGUGAAGCACAUUCAUAAAUUUAGUGGUAUUUCCCUUAAUUUAGCCAUCAACUUAAAAAAAAAGAAAAAAAAAGAAGAAGAGUCUUCAAAUAAGCUGCACAUAUUAGAUUCUUGCCAGUAAAGGUAGCUACAUUUCAACAUACAAGUACUAAAGGUAUUGGUACAAACGGGGUGUGUGGAAAAUGUCUGAACCCCUAAAAGCCCUUCUCCUUGUAAAACUUGAGGUUACGUGGUUUCAAAUUUUUUUUUUUUGUUGUUUUUUUUUUUUGUAUGUUGUUGCACUGUUUCUAAACUGACUUAUUUAUGUUUGAUUCCUUUUGCUUUUGAGUUGUCGAGCUGUUGUAGAGGUUUUUGUUUACUGACAUUGUGUAUUUAUUGUGUUUCCAUGUUGUGGGUUACACUUGAGUUUUAGCGCUGUGGUGAAUCCUGUGGAUUUGAAAGAGUACCGGCAAUGCCAGUCGUAGCGAUAUUGUUAUGAGACGUUUGGUCUCGUAACGCCAGAACAGAUUCAUAUUGGAUCUAACUGUACCUUAAUCUGAAGAGGUUCUUACAUAUAUGAAAUGUGAUUAUUUUUAGAUUUGAUGAAGUAAUUUUCAUCAUAACGUGAUUUUACAGUUGGUAAUUUAACUAGCAGCGUGGUUUUCUAAUCACACUGCCUCAUGGGGUUUUAGUGGAGCCUUUAGAGAAGGCUUGUCUAUCAGAUGUCAGUUGGUUUUUAUUAUGUUUGCAUAGUAGACCUUCACUAUGGCUGCUAAUGACACCAGAAUAUUCAUACAAGUCAGUUACUGGGCUGGGUUCUACACAACACUAACGUAAAGCUUUAUUUUGCAGGUACUUUAGGGGAUGAAGGAUGCUGAGAUUUUGCAGAUGUGCUGGAAUAUUAAUUUCUUUUUUCUUCCCUUCUUUCUCUUCAGGUCGAACCCACUUCAGCAGAGCCGUGACACAAGCAGCCAGUGUGAUUAAAAAGCCAGGCUAAGUGACCACACCAAGGGUUCGGCAUGUUUUAGUCAAAUCACCAUAAUCAGCCACUUCAUACAUCAUAGAUUUUUUGUUUCCAACUUCAAGGUGGCAGUUUUUUGUCUGUGCCAACAUGUUCUAGAAACUGUCAGAUUUAGUUUGUGUCAGUUUUUCCCCUUCUUGUUUCAUAAUAAUUCACUUGACGGUUAUUGUAGGUUCUUAUGUGAGACACAAGUAGCCACAGUUUAUACCUCUAAUUGAAUCAUCUUAAGACCUCCGUUGAAAAACCCAGCAGGUCAUUUGACAUCAUUUACUGCUGUUUUGAAGACUUUACUCAGUGAGUUAAAGGUUUUAUGAACAGCUUUCCCUCAAGUUCUGCUAAACAACAAAGACGAAAUUCUCUCGUGGUUUUAUUAGUUAUUCUUAAUUGACUGUACUCAGCAAUACACCAGAAAAAAACCCCGCAUUUAAUGUUGUCAAAUGACCUGUGAGUUAUGCAAAAUUCCAAGUCUGAGAGGUACAAACGGGUUGAGAAAAAGCAUACAGAACCACUGGUAUGGUCCGGUCACUGGCGGUGCUUCCUGUUUAAUCACACUGAGCUGCUUGAGGUUGAGACGGUGUCAUUGAUUUUUGUGUCGGAAUCAUCACCACAGCAGAAUAACCUCUGGGACUAACGUGCAUUUUUUUAAACAGCGUACCGAGGAUCCAGUCAUCAGCCGUAUACAUGACUCUUGCUUUGUCACCUGCUCUGCUUUAACUCAUUCGCUCAACACUUCAGGUUUUUUCACAGCCGUCCUGUUUCCGGCCUCAGGGUGAAGAUUUUACUUGCUUCCUUCACUGAAUAGCUGUUGCUGCGUUCAGAGAAUCGGGUCACAUUUCUCUUCCAUUUUUUUUUUUUUUUUGCUUUUCUUCCAUCGCCGUUCCUCCAACGUUACUGUACACAAAGUCUCGCUCGUCUUUUCCUUGAUGCUGCUGUUGAAUGAACUUAAAACUUCUGUAUUAAGCAGAUUGGCCUGCCUGGAUUACCAUUGUUUGUUAGCCCAGUGGAUGGAGGUUUCCAUCUCUGUGACGAGAGCCGGGUUCACAGAGCAGACACUAAAGCAAGCUGCUUUAUGACUUUCACUGCACCAAAGGUCAUCUCAGCUCCUUGACAUUCAUUGUUUGGUUGGAUUUCUUAAAAAAAAAAGAAAAGAAAAAAAAGACACUCCACUGGUUUCAUCAUCUUCAACAACAUGGUGCACCAAAUGCUUACUGAAGCUCCGACCUCUUGAGUUUUGAUGAACUGUUCACAAAGCAUCUAGUCGAUUGUUCUCACCCUUCACACUGAUGUGUCUUAUCAAGUCAUCUUGUGUUGGAUUAUUCUGAAAUCACUGUGCAAUCUGUUCUGAUACUGUAAAAUGUGAUUUUUGCAAAAAAAAAGAUAAAGAUUUAAGAAGAUAUAUUUUUGUAAAGAUGUUAAAUUUGAUACCGAAAACAGACGGAAAAUAAACUUUUUCAUGCACAUCUUAA